AUCGGCCGCUCUCCUGCCCUCGGUCGAUUCUUUUCCAGGCGAGGUCCACCGUUGCGAGGGAAAUCCAUCUUUGUCCCCAUCGAAAUUCCAGACAACGCCAAUUUUUUCAUUAGCUGCAUGACAUCGCGAAUAGAGUUGGGCAGAACGAUAAGAGGAGAAGGCUGGAUCAGAAAAAAGAUAUUUGAGACAUUAGUAGCCGCUGCUACCCUCGAUUGUGAUACGAUGAGGACCGAGGGGUCCAACAGUAGGGCAGGAGGGCUGCACUUUUCAGUGGGAUCGUCGUAUCUGAUUUCCCGACUUGCGACUUCAUCUUCUACACAUCAGAGAACAGUGCCGUCCUACCCAAUGAGUGCACUAACUGGAGUAAUAGAGCCUCCUACUUCCGUUCAGUCUCGCAAGGUGGUGAGGUCCAGUGCUCUGCAGUAUUACCCUGCUGAAUUUCUCCGGGGACCUACAAGAAGAGGCAUUACAACAGUCAGAACGACAUCGAAAGUUGUUGCCCACGCCGUGAAUGAGAAGAAUUUCAUGAUGGAUUUCCUGUUGGGAGGGGUGUCAGCAGCGGUAUCCAAGACCUCGGCUGCUCCCAUUGAGCGAAUCAAGCUCUUGGUCCAGAACCAGGAUGAGAUGAUCAAGCAGGGCAGGCUUGCGGAACCUUUCAAAGGAGUUGUCGACUGCUUCAAGCGUACCAUAUCAGAGGAAGGCGUGUUCGCAUUAUGGCGUGGUAACACUGCCAAUGUUAUCCGUUACUUUCCUACUCAGGCUCUAAAUUUCGCGUUCAAAGACCACUUCAACAAAUUGUUCGGCAUGAAAAAAGAUCGAGACGGAUACUGGUGGUGGUUUGCAGGAAACCUUGCUUCCGGUGGGGCAGCCGGAGCGUGUUCUCUGUUCUUUGUGUACUCCUUGGAUUACUCCCGCACGCGUUUGGCAAACGAUUCGAAGUCCAGUAAGAAAGGGGGAGGGGAGCGCCAGUUUAACGGGCUCAUUGACGUGUACAAGAAAACGCUCGCAUCGGAUGGUGUUGCGGGGCUAUAUCGUGGGUUUGUAAUCUCCUGCGUUGGUAUUGUGGUGUACCGAGGGCUUUACUUUGGCAUGUAUGAUUCAUUGAAGCCGGUUCUCUUGGUGGGCACCCUCCAGGACAAUUUCUUUGCAAGUUUCAUGCUGGGGUGGAGCAUCACCAUCGGUGCGGGAUUGGCUUCGUAUCCGCUAGACACAGUUAGACGACGUAUGAUGAUGACGUCUGGGGCGGCGGUAAAAUACAAGUCCAGCAUGGAUGCCGCACAGCAGAUUGUGGUCAAGGAAGGCUACAAAUCACUCUUCAAAGGCGCUGGUGCCAAUAUUCUUCGUGCCGUAGCAGGGCCCGGUGUGCUUUCUGGAUACGAUCAGCUCCAAAUCAUCUUCUUUGGCAAGACGUACAGUGGCGGAGGCGGGUAACUUCAUCUAUUCUGAUUUGGUCUACUUUUCCUGGCACACCCGCGGGCCUUUCGUUUGAAAAUCAUACCAAGAUAUCUUUUGCGUGUGAGCUUGUAAGAUAACUUCGUAAUAUUUUCAAAAUUGUGGUAAUCAGUGAUGCACCGCACUGUGGGGUUUCAUGUACAGUCUGGGUUCCAGGAAGCAGACCACGUCCGAUCGCUCAACCAUUUAUUUAAUUCAUCGUUGCUGGUCUUUGUAAGUCACAUGCUUGAGUUGAGGCAUGUGAAGGUUGCCAGUUUAAGGUUAACAGUGUGUAAUCAAGAAACAGCCAAAAUAUUGA